AUGGGCGGUCAUAUCACUUUCAAUCACAAUUUUCCCUACUAUGAGAAGGCCGUGAAGUGGGCAGUAGAUGAGUGGAACAGUUUGCAAAGAAACUGCAUGGUAGAUAUGAACUACCUUUACGACAAGGCUGGUAUCCACUUGGUACCGUAUCCGGCGCAAUUCGCCGUACCGCUUUUUCCCGAGGAAGUGAAACAGAACUGUCUUAAGGAUCUUAAAGAGCGCUAUGAGCAGGAACCAGAUGGGACACCAGAGAACUUCGACGACUGGGUGUUGAAACACUUUGGACCCACUAUUCUGGAUGUAUUUUUCAAGCCCUACACGAAGAAGGUGUGGACAGUAGAACCAUCCAAAAUGUCUCCGAACUGGGUCGGAACACGCGUGGCAAAACUACCGCAGGAAAAACUCGAGGAACUCUGUGCAAUGAGUCAAAAAGAACUCUCCACUGCUGAUUUCGGUUGGGGACCGAACUCCUGCUUCACAUUCCCUAAGUAUGGUGGAACAGGAAAUGUAUGGAAUUCGAUGUCGAAGAAACUGCCGAAGAGCUGGUUCAAAUUUAGCACUAAGUCUCAGACCGUUUAG